AUGUCUCAAACUCGAGGGCACUUUGAAUCAUUUCAGUCUAACUUCGCCACCUCUGAUGGGGUCUCUGGUAGGAGUAAGAGGAACUACACUCCUGUCAAUGUUUACCAAGAUCAAGACCGGAUCUAUACUGCACAGGCUCCUCAAGCCAUGUACAAGAGAGAUAUGAAUUUUAAUCCUAAUCAGGAUCAAUACGACCAAAAUAGUGAUAGAUAUUACGAUGACCCUGACCAAGAAGCUCAGUACAUUUAUGAGCAAACUCCUCAUAUGCAUCCUCGAGAGAGGAGGUAUAAUCAAGCAAGAGUGUACAACCAAGCAUCUCCAAAUAUGCAUAACCCUCAUUCAAUGGAUCAGCAGAUGAUGAAUCAGCAAUAUCGGACCAAUCCUGAUUUUCCCCACCAACAAGAGAGCCACUCUCGAUCAAGAAAACUAUAUACUAUGAACAGAGGGGGUUCAAAGUAUGUGCAUACACCUGAAUAUAAUGAUAUUGAUGAACAGGAGGCCCAGCUUUUUACCAGUUUAUCCCAAGCCGAGCUAAAAGAUCAUGUGAUCCAGAACAUUAACUCUGAUGAUUACGACCAACAAGAUCAGUCUGAAAUGAUCAUACAGCAGUUGCACAAAAAGCUGGGGAAGUUAUCAAGGCAAUACUUAAAGCUUAUAGGAGUCAUCAAGAAGAGUGAUUACAUUAGAGGCUCCAACACUACAGUGAGUUAUGCACAGCUUAAAGAACUUGAAAAUAUUGGUGAUCGGCUUGAUUCGAACAGCCAGGCGGAUACCUCCAGAGAUAAUGAUAUUUUUAAAGCUAUCGGCGAUACUAUCAAAGAGAUCGAAGAUCAUCUGAAUCAUCAUGGCAACUCCUACUCCUGAAAUGAUAUCAUUAAAUAUAUCAAACAAAAACUUAAUGAGGUAUAUAUUAGUGAGUCUGUUAACAAAAGCCAUUUCCACAGAGGACCUUCUUCAGAGAAUUACAAAGACUCUGAAGACUUUGAUGGUAUAAAGGGCCGAUUAGAUUUCGAAAAUGCUAUUAAAGAUCUUACUAAAUAACUAUGAGUGGCUUAAGAAAAAGUCCAUUAAAUCCCUUUCAGGCAUAGAAGAAAAAUACUCCCAAAUCCAAAUAGACAUUGAUGAGCUUGAUAAAACAAUGGUGAAUUAUUCAUCCCAAAGUAGGACUGCUAGCAGGGACGAGAUGAGCGACCUCCCAGCUCUUCUACAAGAUGCCUGUGACUUGGUCACCCACACCAAUGAAUCAGUCAAUGUGCACCUCGAGAAUUCUCUCAAUGAAGUUGGAUACUUAAGAGAAGCUAUUGACCAAUACCACGACAUUAUUGAAGAGAAAAUGAGAGAACUCUAUAAACCUGACCUUAAGAUCCAAGGUGACCGGCCCACAGACAUUAAGCUCCAUGAAGAAUUAAUGAAAGUUAAAUCAGAUGCCAAAACAUCAGAAAGACAUCACAAAAAGUUGUUCAAUGAAGUUGAACAAAAUAUGAAAUUGCUACAGAAACUCAUGAGUCCAAAUACUGGGCCUGACUCAAAGGCAGAGAUCAAAGAACUUUACAGCAAAUCUAACAGAGAUCUCAAAGAUUUAAUCAAGAAGCAGCAGAAGUUAUUCAAAAAGAAAUCUCAUGCUAAAUCAUCGAAUAAGAAUAGCAUGAGCAGGCUACUGAGAUCCUCCUCCAAAGAGAUAAGAGCUCAGAAGAAGAUCGUAAGCCAGAGCUCAGCUCCAAAUGAAGGGUUGCUACAAGAGAUUUCCACAUUAAAGUCCCAACUUACCAACCUCAAGCUUGAAAAUGAGAUCAAGGACAGUAAAAUCCAGGAUAGUGAGAACCUCAAAACUAGAAUUUCACUCCUCAAAUCUGAAUAUGAAGAAACUAAGAAGUCUAACUUUGACCUAGAAACAGAGGUUGAGAACAAGACCAGCCAGAUCUCUUCAUUAGAGCGGGAGAAUCUAAAGAUGACCAAUAGAAUCAAGAAUCUUCAGUCUGAACUCCAAGACCUUGAAAAUAUUCUUACUCAGAACAAAGACACUGAGUUCGAAUCUGUAAGAGAGAUGAGGAACAUCAUCAGUCAGGCGAAGAGGUCAUGAAAAGAGCAAAUCCUAUCUCAGGAGAAAGAGCUUGGUGAUAAAUUUGACCACCUUAAUAGCCUCCUAUCAACAAAAAAUACUAAAAUUAUGUCUCUUGAGUCAAUCAUCACAGAUCUGAGGAUGAACCAGCUACCAAAGCUCAAAAUCUCAGACCAAAGUCUACACCUCAAGGACUCAGAAAUUAAUAGACUCAAGGCCGAUGUAAACCGUACUACCGAAGCACUAGAGAAGCUCAAGAUCGACAAAACUUCUCUUGAGGGCAAAUUGCACAAGGCCCAGAGAAGAAUCCAAGAAAUAUUGGGAGAAAAGGAAGACGCUCAAAGACAAGCUGAGGACAAAGAGAACCUCACCAAUUCCCUGUACGAAGAGAGACUCAGAGAUAAAGACAAGGAAAUCCACGCUAAAAAUAAGCAAGUAACUCAAAAGGAAUCAGAGAUUAUUCAGCUUAAGGAAGAAGCCAUUGCUCUGGAGGACCGAAUUAACAAUAUUGAAGCCAAAGUCAACAGCGCUCAUAGCUUAGUAGAGACUUAUGGGGAUCAAAUAGCUCGUAAAAAUGGUAAGCCAAAUCCUACGAUCCAAUUGAUACUUGAAACAAUUGAAGAAGUUUCCAAAGAAAAGGCAUCAUCAAACAACUCAGAGAACCAGAGGCUCAUCCAGAUGCAAGAACUACUGCGAGAAAAGGAGGUUCUAUCAGAGAAGAUUUCCAAAUUAGAAAGUGACCUCCAUAAAGCCAAUGCUUCUGUUCAUAGACUUGAGCAAGAAAAUUAUACUUUAACUGCAAAUCUAGAAGAUGAACAGUUGAAAUUACAAGAUGAACUCAACUCUAAAGAGACUUUAGUCCAAAAACAUCAAAGAUCUAUCCAGAACAAGGAAACAGAGCUUGCUCUCUGGAAGGAUAAAUUUGACAAAUCAAAUACGUCCUCAAGUCAGCACUCAAACUCAGCUAUGGAGAAGCAAAGAAUCCUUGAAAAAUAUGUCCAAUUGGUGGAUAAUAUCUGAAACUACUUCUCAUUUACCAACACCAUCAACCAAAAAGAAGAGGAAUCAAAGGAACCCCUCCUUGAAGGCUUAUUUGUGCACCUAGACAGCCAGAAAAGGGAGACUGAGAAGACUAUCAAGAACCUCAAAGAUCAAAUCAAGGAGAAUUCCGUGAGCAUGGUAGACAGAUCUGAAGUAGAGACAGCGACAAAACAGCACAAUGAGCUCCAGCUUCAGAUCCAAGCAAAAGAAGAUGAAAUAGACAAUCUUCAAGGAAUCAUAAAUACUCUUAAAGAAGAGAACUCUAAUAAAGUCAAUGAGUCUGUGGUCAUCCCUCUCAGGGAGACAAUCACAAAUUUCCAAAACGAACUCGCUGAAAAAGACAAAGUUAUCGCCAGCAACGCACAAAAUAUGGAAUUGAUGAGAUCCAGCACGAUCAAACUUAAGGAAGGCCUGCAAGAUUAUGAGACCAAGCUUACUAAGAUCAUCACCGAGAGAGAAGAGGCUAAGGCUGAACAGAAGAAGGCUCAGUUCGAGCUCUCUAGAGUUACCCAAGAACUUAACGAUGUUGAUGACGAGUUAACGAAAGUUAAAUCAGAAUUAUCCAAGGCUAACUCUGAGUUAUCUGAGACUAAGCCUGGUUUCACACAAGUCAAUGAGGAGCUCUCUGAGACUAAGCAGAAAUUGGAACAAGCCAAUAGCCAAUUAUCACAAGCUAAAUCAGAGUUUGAAGUAUCAGCAAAGAGCCUUGAGAAGAUUAAGACUGAAUUACAACAGAAAGAUCUUCAACUAGCACAAACUCAGGCUGAUCUUAAAGAUUCUCAUGAUGAAGCUACCAUGCUUAAGUCUAAAUUAGAGAAAGCCCAGGACACAGCAGAUGUGGAUUACGAAGCUGAGAUAGAAUCUUCCAAAGUAUCAUUACUGAACACCAUAAAUUCCCAUCUUACUGUAACAGGGAAGACAAGCGAGCUCGAGUCUAAAAUUAGCGACCCCACUAGUUCAGAUGUAUUUAAAAUAGUCAUCGAGAAGAUACAGCAGAAAGACCCUAACAUUGCUGCAAAGCAUGACCAAAUUCUUCAAUCUCAAAUUGAGGCUAAUAUAGGAGAAGGAAAGCCUGAGAUGCUCCCUAGCCUUCAGACUCAACUACAGAUCCUCAAAAAUGAGAGUGAAAACACUGAAGUUACAAGGGAUAUGUCUGAGCAUCUCCUUGAAAAUUUUGAGAGAAAUGACAAAGCCAUUAGAGAUAAACUUGAGAAGGCAGUCGAGAAGAUAAAGUUUUAUAAGCAGAAAAUAAAAGAAUAUAAAGUUAAACUCUCUGACUUAUGCAGACCCGGGUUAGCCUCAUACAAAAAUCCCUCAGAUUCCAAAAUGACUGCAGAAGAACGGGUCCAGCUCAUCGCUGACAUUAAGAAGCAAAUCCGUGAAGAAGAGAUCAAAAAGCGUGAUAAAGAAAUUGAACGCCAACGGAAAGUAAUGGCUCAGAAAUCAGAAGAGCAAUCUAUUGAGUUCAACCAAAGAAUGGAAGAACUUGAGGCGAAACUCGAAGCCAAGGAUAAUGAAAACACAGAUUUGUUGAUCAAGAUUCAAGAGAACGAGACUGAAAUCGAGCAACUCAAACAAGCUAAGGAACGUAAAUCAGUCAUGUCUUAUGAUGAGCAACUUGAUCAGCUCACUGAUGACCCUCCUGCUCCAUCUAAUCCCACUAAGUAUGAGACACAGCUCAUUGUCUUUGAAAGAGUCGAGAAGCUCAAUGAGAAAAUUAUAGAAUUUGGUGAGAAAAUUGGCCAAUACCGACAUGAAAUGCUUACUAAGCUUGAAGAAGAAAAUCAGGAGGUUAAUAAUAACAACGAAGAUGAUCCAGCUAAGAAAAUAGAAGAAAUCAAGGCUAAAGAAAUCUCCAAACUUGAAAGAAUUACCAAGAGAAGAGCUGUUGUUCAAGUAGUAAGAAAGCUUGAGGCCGAAGGCCUCAGCUGGUUACUACUGGAACAGAAGGAUCACUAUGAUAAACCUUUGGAGCUUAAGUCCUCCAAUAGUCAUAGCAAAUCAUCUAUAUUAGGAUCACAAGGAAGUAGAAAGUUGUGGUGGGUCUGCGAGGAAUACCUUCCACAAGACUUAUUAGACUAUGUCUUCUCAUGUACUCCUUCGUUCCUGUUCAAAUCAGCAUCUUUGAAGCUGAACCUUCCUGAUCUGUUCUCAGAAUCUGAGAAGGAGAGCGUAAAGUUACUCAGAGAGACUAGUAAAGACCUUAUUGCUAAGAGAGAAGAGUUACUCAAAGAUCAAAGAGAAAUCAUGCUCGGACUCAGAAGGGAGAAUUUCUUAUUAUAGAAGACACUCUAACUGCAGAAACAGAAGAUCGUCUGAGAGAGCUUGAAAACAAGAAUUUAGAAUUCGAGCAAGAGAUCCAAUCUCUACAUGAAGAAAAUGUUGCCUUCAACUCUAAAAACACAGAACUUCUGUGCUACAUCAAUGUGUUAAACAUCAGAAUAAAAGAGCUCAAUGGGUUGAUAUAUGACUUCUCCAGAGACAAAACAAAUGAAGAAAUCCUGAAUAGAAAUGCAGCUCUGAUUGCCAAAAUAGACAAAAUCAAACAAGAAAAUAUGGAGACAGAGGUCGAGCUUGAAAAACUCAAAACUGCUAUCGAGCGGAGAAAGAUUAGGCUUAGUCGCCCAAGUAAAUUGGAUGCCAAAAAGGAGUUUGAGGGCAGGCAAUCUCAAGAAUCCUUCCAUUUCGAUGCAGAUAAUGACAUCUUCUCUGACUCCUUCAUCAUCGACUCUAAUAACAAAGAACUUGAAGAUAAAUGCAAGCAAAUUGAAGAAGAACUCAACGCAGCUAAUGACCUCAUUACUCAGAAGAACAAGCAAAUAGUCGAGCUUGAAGGUGUCGUUGAGAAGCUCGAAAGUGACAUCGAGAAUAAGAAGAAGAGUGAGUCAUUCGAAGUCAUGAACAGUGACAGCUUAAAGCAUAUCAAAGGUACCCUAAUCCAGUUUCUUCGUAAUGUCCCAUUCACUGAAAAGAACAAUGAGAUUCUCUUAAAUGUCGUAUUUGACAUGCUGUACAUGACCAGUAAGGAAAUCAAGGACAUUAAGGAAGCGAGGAACAAGCUACAGAAGAGUGAUACUCCCAAGAAGAAGAAAGGAUCAGGCCUUUUCUCUAGAUUAAUCAAAUAAGCCAAGUUUCAGUAACAAAAAA